ACGGCGUAUGGCACAUCGCAAAUUCGCAAAUCGUAACACCGAUCCAGCGCGUCCGAAGCCAUGGCGGAGUCGAAGGAGAAAGAGAAGGAAGAGCAGGCGCGCAAGGCUCACGCGCUCGCCGAGAAGAGCUUCCUCGCCGGCAACGUCAUCGCCGCCAGGCAGUGGAUGCAGUCCGCGGUCAGGCUGGCGCCGGACCUCCCCGGCACGCCGCAGAUCGUAGCGGCCUACGACGUCCACGCGGCGGCGGCCCGGAGCAGCCCCACCGACUGGUACGCCGUGCUGGGCCUGAAUCCAAAUCCCGGAGGCGGCGGCGGCGGCGGCGUCACCCACGACGACAUCAAGAAGCAGCACCGGCGGCUCUGCCUCCUCGUGCACCCCGACAAGAACCCCUGCGCCGCGGCCGACGGUGCGUUCAUGCUCGUCCAGGCCGCCUCGCACGCGCUCUUGGCCAAGCACCCUCCUCCUGGCACCGCGGCGCCCGCGCCAGCCGACCGACCCGCGCCGCCGCCGCCGCCGCAGCGCCAGGCCGCGCCACCGAAUCCGAGGGCGCCAGAGCCGGAACCGAGGCCGCGGCGGCCUCAGGUCGUGCAGAUGGCUCGGAGACCCGCACCGCCGCCGACGCCGAGAGCCGCGGCGCCGACGCCACCGACCUACUCGCAGCAAGCCAAGCAAGCGAAGCCGGCGCAGAUGGGCAGGCGGAGGAGGGGUUCGACGCCUCCGAGGCCCCAGUUCGCUUCGCCGAUCGCGGACAAGUGCCCGGUGUGCGGCGCGCGGGCCACCAACGGCGGCAGGAGCAAUUUCCGGUGCAUCAACUGCCAGUGGAGUCCGUUGGACGGCAGGCAUGACGACGACUACGGUGACGACUUCUUCGACUACUAGGCGCUCAAGGUCUUCUUCUUGGAUCGAACAAGAACGGGUUUCAAUUUGGUGCUGGGAGGGAGCACGAUUAGGGUUGUUCAUUAGUUCACUUGUUGUUUGUUGAGUAAUUCUUCUUUUUUUUCCCUACGGUCUGUAACAUGUGAAGCGUUACAACUUAUUUUAAGCUUGGAAUCUUCAGAUUUGCAAGAAAAGAGAAAUUUCCUCUGCAUAUCUUCUACUUGCUCCAUUUAUGAAACAGUCUUUGAUUGCAUU